ACUGAAGCAGUUCAGAGCAAGACAGCCUUGGAACUCUGCAAGGCCUUCAUCGAGGAAGUAAAGGCUUGGGGGAAUGUACACCAAGUCAUGAAACCCUGGAGAAGGAUGGCCUUCACCAAAAGGGACAUGGGAAGCUUUUGAUACAGUGUGGAGGGUCUCAGAGCACUCGCCCAGUUGGAGAGGCCCAUGCAAGCAAGAAGUUGAAGGAGGUGGGCACCCAGGCACGCUUACAGGGGAGGUUUACCAUGCAUUGCCUGUCCUUGAGGCGGGAUCCAUGUUCAAGGAUAGCGACUGCCACCAGUGAGAAGCUGCUGUGCUGGUGGGUGGCUCCUUCUGGAGGUCUCUCUCCAUCAGGCUAGAGGACCAGUGGGUACAUUUACAGCACACACACUGCACUGCGGUGCUCUGCAUUGCAUGUCUCGGUGGCUGAGGAUCCAGGAUAAAAAUACUUCUUCAGUAAUGAACAGCAGCUGGUAAUGCACUGCCUGGCUUCCUGAAGAACUCAGCACAGAUCUACCCACCUGUAAAACAAUGUCAUUUCUCCUGCUGUGCCCUAACAGCUUCUUCUGGGUGCUGUCAAGGCACAUUAGAUUGUAUCAGUUCAACAAGGGAAACGUAUUCAAGACAUUUUUCCAGGCUCUCUGGUGGCUGCUCUUGGGAAUAAACCUACUUUGCUCUCCAGCACAUUGUUCUGUUUUUAAAAUUGGACUGCUUGGACCCUGGAACUGUGACCCCUUCUUUUCCAAAGCCUUUCCCCACGUGGCUGCCAGGUUAGCAGUGGGACGAAUAAGCAAAGAUCCUUCUCUAGAUCUUGGUCACAGGCUGGAUUAUGUGGUUUUAGAAGAAGAAUGUGAGACAUCAAGAGCUCUGGUUAGAUUCAUUGGCUUUGGAAAGCUUUACUCAGCUUUCAUAGGCCCUCUGAACCCUGGAUUCUGUGAGGUGGCUACACUUUUGGGGGAAAACUGGAAUAAAGCCAUCUUCUCAUGGAUGUGUGUCAAUUAUAAACUGGAUUCCACCAUCCACCACCCUACAUUUGCAAGAACCCUGCCCUCUCCAACCCGAGUUUUGUUUACAAUAAUGAAGUACUUUAACUGGGCUCGUGUUGGCAUCAUCGCUUCCAACGAGGAUAUUUGGAUGGACACAGCCAACAAGUUAGCGAGUGCACUCAGGAGCCAGGGGCUUCCUGUACGCAUUGUUACAUCCAUCCAUAAAGGGGAAAAAGGCAUUGAAGACACCUGGAAUGAGAUUAAAGGAGUUGGUGACAUUAGAAUUAUACUCCUGUGCAUGCAUUCUGUGCUCAUUGGAGGGAAGGAACAAGCCAUCUUACUCACAAAAGCUCUGGAAAUGGGACUAGCAGAUGGAAGAUACGUCUUUGUUCCAUAUGACACUUUACUGUACAGUCUUCCUUACAGAAACAACUCAUUCAGUGUCUUUGAUAAUGACAGCAAGCUCCAGGAAGCAUACGAUGCUGUGCUGACUAUCACACUGGAGCCUGGAGAAAGCACUUUCUAUGAUGCAUUCAGGGAAGCUAAAGAAAGUGACGAAAUAAGCAGAGAAUUGGAAGCCACCCAGGUUUCUCCACUCUUUGGAACAAUCUAUGACGCUAUAUACUUCAUGGCGAUGGCUAUAGACAGUGCUCGGAGGAAAGGAGCUGGAGUCUCAGGAGCUAACAUAGCUGGGCACACAAAAAACUUCAGUUUCCCUGGAUUUAGUCACCGGGUAGAGACAGACAACCAUGGGAAGGGGCUGAGCAACUACGUGAUACUAGACACAGAUGGUCAUGGGAACCAGCUCUUCCCAACCCACUUGCUGGACAUGUCUUCAGGCUCUGUGGAAUCCCUAAACCGGGCUAUCCACUUUCCCAGUGGAGUUCCACCCAAGCCAGACUCCAGCUGCUGGUUUGACCCAGAUAUUCCCUGCACUGCAGGGAUUGAGCCUACAGUCAUGAUUUUGGGGGUGAUGCUGUUAUUUGCUCUGGUGCUUGGUGCUGUGAGCCUGGGUUCCCUGAUCAGGCGUAGUAUCUUGAACAGCCAGCUAUUCAGGGGACCUAACAAGAUAAUACUGACCUUGGAUGACGUCAUCUUCAUCAACCCAGAGAUAUAUAAUAAGAGGCUGACCUUGGACAGCCUGGUUGAUGCAAACAGCAUAGGAGCCGACAGCAAAAGCCUGAAAUCUGUAACCCGCUCCUCUUCCUUGAAAAGCACAGCUGCCACCCACGAAACCUCCAGCGUGGCUUUGUAUGAGGGAGACUGGGUGUGGCUGAAAAAAUUUGAGGCGGGAGCAGUUCACAAUCUGCGGCAAAGCUCCACCAACGUCUUGAGGAAGAUGAAAGAUCUGCGUCAUGAAAAUGUGAAUCUGUUCCUGGGCUUUUUCUCUGACUGUGGCAUCUUUGCCAUAGUGACAGAGCACUGCUCCAGAGGAAGCCUGGAAGACUUGCUGAGAAACGAAGACAUGAAACUGGAUUGGAUGUUUAAGUCCUCUCUCGUGAUGGAUCUAAUUAAAGGAAUUAGGUAUUUGCAUCAUCGAGAUUUUGCCCAUGGACGUCUCAAGUCUCGUAACUGUGUUGUGGAUGGCCGAUUUGUGCUGAAGAUCACUGACUAUGGUUAUAAUGAGCUCUUAGAAGCACAGAAAUGCCCAUAUAUUCAGCCAUCCCCAGAAGAAUUGCUCUGGACAGCUCCUGAGUUACUAAGGGACCCAGACAUGCACAGAAAAGGCACGUUCAAAGGGGACAUUUACAGCUUUGCAAUCAUCCUACAAGAAGUGGUUGUUCGGGGUCCACCAUACUGCAUGUCAGAGCUCUCAGCUGAAGAAAUCAUAAAGAAAGUGAAGAAGCCCCCUCCCCUGUGCCGCCCAAACAUAGCCCCUGAGUUGGCACCCCUGAAGUGUAUCCAGAUAAUGAAGGAAUGCUGGGGUGAAGCCCCCGAACGUCGUCCAACCUUUGAGGAGGUAUUUCAUAAGUUCAAAACCAUCAACAAAGGGAAAAAGACCAAUAUAAUUGACUCAAUGCUCAGGAUGCUUGAGCAGUAUUCAAGCAACCUGGAAGAUUUAAUCAGAGAGAGGACCGAAGAGCUAGAGAUUGAAAAACAGAAGACAGAAAAACUACUGUCCCAAAUGCUCCCCCCAUCAGUGGCGGAAGCCCUCAAGACUGGUGGCACAGUGGAGCCGGAGUAUUUUGACCAGGUGACCAUCUACUUCAGUGACAUCGUGGGCUUCACAACUAUUUCAGCCCUCAGUGAACCCAUUGAAGUAGUUGAUCUCCUAAAUGACCUUUACACACUGUUUGAUGCUGUUCUUGGAAACCAUGACGUUUACAAGGUGGAGACAAUUGGUGAUGCCUACAUGGUUGCCUCAGGGCUUCCAAAACGCAAUGGAAACAAGCAUGCAGCUGAGAUAGCCAACAUGUCCCUGGACAUCCUCAGCUCUGUGGGAACAUUCAAAAUGAGACACAUGCCAGACAUCCCCCUCAGGAUACGAAUCGGCCUGCACACAGGGCCUUGUGUGGCAGGAGUGGUUGGGCUUACCAUGCCACGGUACUGCCUCUUUGGAGACACGGUGAACACGGCGUCACGAAUGGAGUCCACAGGCCUGCCUUACAGAAUUCAUGUCAGCCAAAGUACAGUGGAUACGCUUCGGAGUCUAAAUGAAGGCUAUGAAAUCAUACCUAGGGGAAAAACAGAACUGAAGGGUAAAGGAGUAGAAGACACAUAUUGGCUAGUUGGGAAAAAAGGCUUUCUGAAGCCCUUACCUAAACCUCCUGAAAUAAAGCCAGGCCACAAAUGGUCAGAUGCACUGACCAGGAAACUCAAAUCUGUCCUGAGUGACACAAAGAGGACACUGACAAAAGCAACCUUUAAAGAGCUGGGGAGCAUGAAGGAGGCCAGAAUAAGUAUUGAAGAGGAUGAAAUCUGAGAAGAUCACAACCAAGAACUAGUAAGAUCAGGAUGGACACCCUGAAGCCACCCAGCAGAGGAGCUCACCCUCCAUUUAAUCCCCUUCCAGCCAAAAGCAGUAUAAUUGAUGAAGCCUUUUAGCUCUUGCAGAGGGUGAACCUAAGAAGGCAGAUGAAUCCUGACCAUCAUCUCUUGUGAAACUGGGCACCAGCUCCGAGCUGUAUGUGUACGUUUUUGGCAGGGGUCCACUGGGGAGAAAAGUGAUGGUGAUGGUAGCACCAGCUUUUCAUCAGCAUCUGUCACAAAGAUAAGCCCAAAAAAUAUUUUACCUAGGUCUGCAUGGCAGCACAAACAUGUCCAGCUGCAUUUGAGCUUGGAUUUGAACAAUAAUGCCAAGUGCUAAACCGAUUUAACUAUUUUGCAUUAAAUUAGGGGGUGGGGUGGGGUGUUGCUGUUGUUGUAGAGAACUCUGGUUUCAUAAAAAUCAGUGCAAUUCAGAAGAAUAUGUUUCUGACAAGAACAAAAAAUAUUUUUUACUCCCCCACAAGGGGAAAUUUUGAAGCAAAAUGUUUUGUUCCUGUAUGUCAAUUUAAGCUGAAACAUUUUCUUUUAAUUUGACAUUUCGGCUGCAAAUGCCAUUUUAAUAUUAUUUUCAAACUGAAAUGGCAGUUUUGAAAUGAAACAGUUUGGUAUGAAUCAAUAUUUGUUUCCAAAUGCCAAAAUGUGAUUUUGCUUAAAAUGUCAAAAUAUGUCAUCUUUGCAAUUCCAGAUCUAAACUGGAAGAACAUUUUGUUUAGCUUUAUACAUUCACACAUAUAGCAUAUCUGAAACAUUUUACGCUUUCAUCCUAAAGCAGGAUGAAAACCUAAAUGCCAAGAUACUGUAAAAUUGAGAUGCAGAGAAUGACAUUCUUCAGUUCCUUUAGCUGAGUAAUACUAAUAAGAUACAAAUUUUAUUUCCUGCAAAAGUGGGACUAAGGGAAUGAAAAGUACAUCACUUAAGCAGUGCAAAGCCUAAAAUACAUCACUGUUUUUCCUUUCUAAUCUCCAAGUGGUCUCAGAGGCACUUGUCUUCAAAGUAAGCCUCCCAGUGGGUAAAAAUACCUUUCUGCAAAGGGCCAGCAUUUGGCCUGUAGGCACUUCUCACAGAGCACACUUCAUCAAGGUCAGGUAAUUUUGUUGUUGGCCACUUCUUCUCCCAGGUUUUUUUACUCAUGUUCAACAUCUAACAGACUUCUGGGAAUUGUUGUUCUCUUUUCUGCAAGGCUGAAGAGAACAGCAGAGAUGGUAAUUUAAUCAAUAUUGCCAUCAGAAGGUGCUCAUUUGAAACAGGGAGACCUUUCUCAAGCUCAGUUUGAAUUCUUCUCAUCAGAGCCACCAGAGCAGAUUUUCAUCAUUCAGAUGAUAAAUAAGAGUCAACAACCACUCACCAAACCUUCCUUGGUUAUUGCAAAUAUAUUUAUGAAAUGAGGCAAGCCCAACUCCACAAAGCUAAGGAAGAUACUAUUUUCACAACUAAUUCACCAUAGCAAGUAUAAAACACUUGUACUGUCAAAGUAAGAGCUGUUUGGAGUAUGAACAUCUGAAAAGUGAAAAUAGAAAUGAACUUCAUUAUUCUUCUUGUAUAAUGAGAUUUUACUUUGUGGCACCUGGUUUUGUGAAAGAAACCUUUGCCUAUUUAAUGAUGAGAGUUGAUACUCCAGGUGAGAGAAGCUGGGCUUUGAAAGACAUCUGUCACUUGAGCUGUCAGACAGGGUUUAGGAAAGCUUUCACCUUCCACACUGUGCUCACGCUCUGAUUGCAAAUUCAUUUAGAAAUAAAGUCCUGUGGAAGAGACAUGGGCCAGGCAAUUCUGACACAAUAUGCAUCCAUAUACAGUUCCAGGAAGAGACGUUAUCUGGAUUGGUCUACGCAAAUGUGAGUUUAAAAUCAAACAAUUUCUACAUAAUUCAUAUCUUUUCCAUUAUUUUCCCAUGUUAAAAACAUUGAUCAGUGCUGCUUUGUUAGGUAGUGGUGCAGGUUCAAUCAACAUGACCUUAAGACUUGGCUAAAGAGAAUUGCAAGUGUGGCAGACAGAAAGCACGUCCUGUCUGAUGGGGACAGGUGAUCUCUCCCUCUCCUCUUGGUGUGGUAUUUCCAUGAAAAUAAGACUUGCAUCAAUGGGUUUUGCUUGGAAAAGCCUAUGUGUAGUCAAGGCUGGCCUCCAAAUGAAGAGAAAUACCCACAAAGUGCAAAAGGAGGAUCAUCUGGCUAAAUAUAGCCCUGUAAGUUGCAGUCUGAGACAGUCACCCAGACAGGUCCCCUAACAGUCAGAGAAGGGAAACAGGCAUUUCCCAGGAGUGUUUCUUAGGCUCCUACAGGUGAAUACCUCUGUGUGUGCUGGGUGACUUGGCUCCCACUGCGCUUAGUGGAAACCAGGUCAAAAAGUUCAAGGAGCUUCAUGACUCAGCUGAGCCUAAAAUAGGUGCCUACAUCUGGCUAGCACAGUCACCCCUAAACUUCACUGACUAUUGGCAAGGUCUCCAUUCAAACCAUGGGAGUCUGAUGCAUGCAGAGAUACCCAGAUAGAGAUACCUGCUGAAACACAGGUGCUCAAUGGCAUUUAGGAUGCCCUAGAGUACCUACAGCAUCCAAACAGAGCUGACAAAUAAGACACAGGACCAGAUCCUUUUGCAACGGCAGCUGGAGGCCAGACAGCAGACCCUAAGAUCUAAAUAAUACUAGACAGGUAUGUUUAAUGAGAUACACCUUUAAAGUUGGGUGCCUUAACCCAAAAGUGAAUCCUAUCCUGGAUAUCUGCAUUCAGAUGGAUGAACCAUGCCCUAAAAGUGCUUGCCAUUGACUCUAACAGUAGCUCCGAUGGCCAGCUCAGGUGAAGAAACCUACAUCGUGGAUGAAUAAACUCAAGUUGGAUGAACCUCACCCCCACAUAGAUAUCAUCACUGGUUCAGAGGAGGUGCUGGACUCCCUGACCUUUUCCCUGGGUCUGGAAACUCUGCCACUUGGUCUUUCUAGAUGGGCUAACCCUCUCUGAAACACUUGUUCUUCCCAGCACACAGACAAAAUGGAGGUAAAGGAAGAUAUAUAUGAGCAGAAAGUAUAAAAUCUGUGAAGCAACUUUCGCUACAAGAAACUGCCCAUAGAUCCAUUUAGCUGGUAAUGAGACAGUGAGCAAGAGGCAUGGUAACCUUCUAUUUCUGCUAUAUAUCAUAUUAAACAUUAGUAAAUGCAGGAGAAGAAAACUGCAAAACAACACACCUCUUCAGACUACCACUACGCACAUAUUCGCCUUUUCAAAAUCUACACAUAUCUACAGACACAUAUAUAUUUCAGUUUUGGGGUACUCAGUUUUUUUGUUUCACACUUACUCACUAAGAAAUAAUCUUUUGAAUGUGUAUUUUUGUUAGUCCAAGAAAAGAUAAUUUUAAGAAAAUAUUGGGUAGCCAAAACCUGAAUUUUCCAUCUGAAGAUGUUUUAAACAAGAGGAUUUCAAUCUGCCCUUCUGCACACAGUUUUUGGAUUCUUUCUUCAGUUUGUAGUCUUCUAAAAUAAACAACAUUCUUUGAAUUUAUUUAAAAAAAAUAAAAUAGUAGAUCUGUGGGAAAGGGUAGCAGAGAACCAAAGUUCUAAUCACUGGCGACUUUAGUAAUCCCAGGAUAAUUCUUAAUUCUCUUUGAAGCCAGUGGUAUUUUUUAGCUCUUAAUUUCAACAGGAAAAAGUCAAGGACUCAUCCCUGAGUGUGAUAACCUCUACUGUUAGAAAGCCAGAAAAUAUAUUUAUAUUUUCCUGGCAUUGUUCUGUUUAGACAGGUUUAGGUUUACUCAUGAGAUUUCUUCCCAUACUAACUGUGACUGUAUCAGGCUCUUUUCUUGUUAUUUUGCUCCUAAAACUAGUGUCUGCAUGUUGUAAUGAGGAAGAGGGGGGCUGGAAGCAGCAAAUGUAAAUUUUUGUAGCUCUGCAGCAGACUUCUCAGGUGAUUGUGGACAAGUCACUUGGUGGACUUCUCAGAUAGUGAGGCACACACUCCAAAAACCACUAUCAACAAGAACCUACCACGUGAUUGCUGGAGGUUUUACUGCUGAUGUUAUAAGGUGAAUUUUAAUGUAAUUGUUCAAACCUAUUGAGACCUGUAGAAAAUGUAUUUAUAGGAUCAUAGAGUCAUAGUAUCAUUUAGGUUGGAAAAGACCUUUAACAUCAUCAAGACCAACUGUUAACCUAUCACUGCCAAGUCCACCACUAAAACAUGUCCCUAAGCACCGCAUCUACACAUCUUUCAAAUUUCUCCAGGAAUGGUGACUCCAAAACAUCCCUGGGCAACCUGUUCCAAUGCUUGACAACACUUUCAGUGAACAAUUUUUUUUCCUAAUAUCCAAACAAAAACUCCCCUGGUGCAACUUGAGGCUGUUUCCUCUUGUCCUAUUGCUUGUUACUUGGGAGAAGAGACCGACCCCCGCUCACUACAGCUUCCUGCCAGGCAGUUGUAGAGAGCAAGAAGGUUCCCCCUGAGGCUCCUCGCCAGGCUAAACAACCCCAGUUCCCUCAGCUGCUCCUCAUCAGACUAUUUAUGCACAAUAUACACUGUCUGAAUAUAGUUCAUAUUUCAUACAGUAUUUUUAAGAGUGGAUUAAAACCAAAUGCCAAUAAAGAUCGUUGGAGACCUAUC